CAAACGGCUUCAAGCUGCGGCGCGCCCCCGUCCGUGCGCGCGCGCGCGCCGUGACGUCGACGCCGCCGAAAUGGCAGCGCCGUAAAUAGUCCAAGUCGUCUCGCCUCAGCCCAGACGCGCGCUCGCAAGCCGGUCGGCCUCCUCCGAACCUUCGCGAGAGAUGGAAUCCGAUCCGAACGGGACUUGGGUGGACUUCUCGGGAGGCGUCCAGCUCCUGGACAGCGAGGAGAUCCGGACGGCCGUGCCGGCGUUGCUGGUCGGCGUGUGCGUUUCGGGCGCCGCGGGCAACCUCCUGGUGCUGCUGGUGUUGGCGCGCGACUUCCGCGCGGGGCGAGGCUCCGAGGCCAAGGCUCUGCUCGCCGCGGUGGCGGCCGCCGACGCGCUCCUCCUGGUCCUGUGCGGCCCCGCGCGCGCGCUGGCCGUCUACAAGCAAGCCUGGGUGCUCGGCCGCUUCGCGUGCGUCACCGCCGACUGGUUCCAGCACUCGUGCCUGGUGGCCAAGACGCUCCUGCUGGCGGUCAGCACCCGGGCCAAGCACACCCCGGCGCCCGCCGGCGCCGGCGCGCAUCGCGGCUGGAUGGUCUGGGCCGUGGCGUUGGCGUGGCUGGCGUCCAUGAUGUUGGCCCUCCCGCAGAUGCUGUUCGCCGACUUGCGGCCGCGCGGCGGGCGCGCCGCCGCCGGCGUCGUCUGCGUGUCCCGGAUGCCGGCGUGCGCCUCGCGCUUCAUGGCCGUCUUCCACAAGAUCUACCCGGCGGCCGCCUACGUAGCCCCGGUGCUGUUCGCCGUGGCCUACUACACCAAGAGCCUCCACGGGGCGCUCAAUUACGCGCCGAGCCCGGGCCGCCAGAGCAAGGUGACGCUGGCGCUGCUGUGCCUGAGCAGCACGCUGGGCCUCCUGCUGCUGCCCGAGUGGGGCACCUUCACCUGGGUGCGGCUGGGCUACCGCCAGCCCCCCGCGGGGCUGCUCCUGUGCGCCCAGGUGCUGGCGUACGCGUGCGGCGCGCUCUCGCCGCUGCUGCUGGUCACCAUGUACGACGACGUGCGCCGAGGCCUGGCGGCGCUCUGCCUGGCGGCCGCCUGCCGCGGGGCCAAAGCGGGCGCGGCCCCCAAGGCCACCGAGGGCAACGGAGCCGAGCUGGGCGGCCCGGCGGCCAACGCGGUGCUCGCCGGCGCCGAGAAGCCCUUCCCCGACGUCGAGCACUUUUGGACGGGGCGCAGGAACACGCAGGUGGAGGAGGAACAGGACCCCAUCCCGUGGGAGAAAGAAGAGAAAAUGCUCUAGUCCGACCGCCCGCUGUGCGCUUGGAACACUUCCAUGGAGGAAUUCGAAAGCUACAUCUUUCAAAACGUGUUUCACAUUCUACCCGUGUGCAGUUUGUAUCCAAAAUGUUGCCUGAUAGCUUUUCAUAUUGUUUUUAUUUUUAAAAAAAAUUAAAAAGGAAAAAACGUGUGCUACCUUGUAUAAGUCCAUUGAUAGAAACGUCUAAAUAUUUAUAGAAAUUUUAGAUUUAAGAUAAGCAGAAGCUUUAUUGAUUUAUCUUUCUUUUAAAAGAGUGUUAUCCUGUUAAGUUUCAAUGUGUAUUUAAAAAAAAAAGUUAGAUUUCAUUGUUUAGGGUUUUGUCUUAGCUUAGAAUCGAUCUUUUGACGGACUGUAAAAAUGUGUCACCUUGUAGCAUUAAAAAUAUCUUUUUUUUAAAUCAAGUUUAGACCAAGUGAUCGUGUUGAACAGUCAUCAUUUUUAUUAUUUUAUUCAUUUAAAUAGAUAAAGUCAACAUUUGUUCAUUAAAAUUCCUAAAUGAAAUUUGACAUUUAGUUAAAAAAAAAUUCAUCUUGUUAAAAAAACGUUUCCUUUAAGUUUCUUCUGUCAAGACAAACUGGAUUUGUGUCCAAAUUUGCCAAAUUGCAACCGACUAAAAGUCUGAUUGUGGAUGAUAAACAAAACCUGAUCAGCUAUAUGGACUCAUCCCAUCUCAAUCCGAGGCAAACCGCCUCUUAAUCACCGAUAAAAACACAAUCCAAUCUUUUUUUUUUUUUCAGACAUGGAAAAACAUAUCACAUCUCCUCAUUGCAUUCGCCACUAAUCUCUCCGGUCAAAAUCCUGCCGGGGCGAUUUUACGUGACGAGAGCGAGGCAGCUGUAGCUCUUGAGAAAAAAAAAAGUGUCAAUAGUUCAACGUGUUAUUACACUGAGCAUCUUUUACACAAAAACUCAAGUCUUGUCAUGGUCGCUUGCGUCUUUUUUCCUCGCCUAGCAGAAUGUAACUUGCACUUUCAUUGUCCGGAGCGUCAAACCCGCAUUACUAUUCUUCGGAUGAUUCCGAAUUGUCCAAUGUUCUUUUCAUGACGAGGUGUUUUGAGCUAUGCUAGCAUGAUACGGCGACUUGUCACAUGGUUAAAAAAAUGAUUGAAUAAAAGGAUGAAAUGA